AUGUCUGCCGUCAACGCUCUUACCACCGACAUGGCCGCGACCGCCAUCAACGAAACUGCCAACACCAACGGCACCGCUCCCGCCGCUACUCAGGCUGCUGACGCUGCAGCUGCCAGCGCGGAUGAGGGUCGUCGUCUGUACAUCGGGAACCUCGCCUACGCGACCACCGAGGAGGAGCUUAAGGAGUUCUUCAAGAGCUACACCAUCGAGAGCACCUCGAUCCCGGUGAACCCCCGCACCAACCGCCCCGUUGGCUACGCCUUUGUGGACCUCGCCACUGCCCAUGAGGCCUCCGACGCCAUUGAGGAACUUUCCGGCAAGGAGAUACUCUCUCGCAAGGUGUCUGUGCAGCUGGCCCGCAAGCCGGAGCCCGCAGAGGCUAAGGAAGCUGCUGCCAGCAGCGGCGAGGGUGCCAGCGGCAAUGAGGGCCGCAAGCGCGCCGGUGGCCGCGGCCGUGGCCGUGGUCGCGCUCGUGGCCGUGGCGGCCGUGUUGGACGUGGUCGUGGCGCUCAGGAGGGCCAGGAAUCAACCGAGGCCAACGCUGCCGAGCAGGCUCCUCUGGCUGAGGCCACCAACGAGAACGACGCUGCUGGCACCGAGGGAGCUAAGAAGGCUCGCGCAGCCCGCCCCCAGAAGCAGCGUGGCCCCCCCGAGGAUGGUAUUCCCUCCAAGACCAAGGUCAUGGUCGCCAACCUCCCCUACGACCUGACCGAAGACAAGCUCAAGGAGAUCUUCGUCGAGUACUCGCCUGUCUCCGCCAAGGUCGCUCUGCGCCCCAUUCCCCGUUUCAUGAUCAAGAAGCUCCAGGCCCGCAACGAGCGUCGCAAGACCCGCGGCUUCGGCUUUGUUAACCUGGCCACCGAGGAGCUCCAAACCAAGGCCGUCAACGAGAUGAACGGCAAGGAGAUCGAUGGCCGCACCAUUGCCGUCAAGGUCGCCAUUGACAGCCCGGGCAAGGAGGAUGAUGUCAACGCGGCUGCUGAUCAGUAUGAGGAGGCCAAUACUCCCGCUGAGGAGAACACCGCCCCUGCUGCCCCCGCCGAGGCCUAA